AUGGCCGAGAAGCAACAGACUCCUGACCUCGAGGGGGCUCACAAGCUCGCCGCUGUCCAGUUGGUCACGACUGAUGCAUCGAUCCUCGACAAGGAGAGCGUCAUCAACGGCAAGCUUUCACAGAACGAUAUCGCCGUUCUCCCAAACACAAUCAUUGAAGAGGCCGACGAGGAGGUGCUCAAGUACACUGAUGCGUCCGUCACCAUCACUCCUGAGGAGAACAAGCGCCUUCUUCGAAAGAUCGACAAACGUGUCCUCACCAUCAUGCUUGGUACUUACUUCUGUCAGUCUCUUGACAAGCAGAUCCUCUCCUUCGCUGCCAUCAUGGGCAUUCGUACCGACCUCAAGCUCAAGGGCCAAGAAUACAGCUGGCUCUUCACAUGUCUCUACUUGGCCAUUCUUUGCACCGAAGGUCUUCAGAAUUACCUCGUUCAGCGUCUUCCCAUCAACCGAUGGCUUGGUUUCUGCGUGACUGCAUGGGGUAUUUCGUGCUGCUUCGUCGCGCUCUGCCAUGAUUUCACCGGUAUUCUGAUUCUUCGAAUCAUGCUCGGAUGCUUCGAGUGCGUCUGCCAGCCCGCUUUCGUCGCUCUUUCUGCUAUCUGGUACCGCAAAGAAGAGCAGGCAAGGACUAUUACUCUUUGGUACUGCUGCAAUGGCUUGCAAGCUAUGUUCGGUGGCCUGUUGGGCUUCGCUUUCUACCACAUUCAAGGUGCUGCACUGGCCUCAUGGAGGAUCAUGUUCCUCGUCCUUGGCUUGCUCACCGUCAUCUGGGGCUGCGCUAUCGUCUACAUCUUGCCCAUCUCUCCCAUGAAGGCUCGUGGCUUCACUGAAGAGGAGCGAACCAAGGUGGUCGAACGUGUUCGAGAGAACCAAACCGGUGUUCAGAACAGGAAGUUCAAGAUGGACCACGUCUGGGAAGCCGUCAAGGACCCCCAGAUGUGGGCCCUUUUCCUCAUCAACUUGCUCAACACCAUCCCCACCGGUGGUCUCGGAAGUUACGGUAACAUCAUCAUCAAGACCAACCUUGGCUUCUCGGUCCUCCAGACCAACUUGCUCGGUCUUGCUCAGGGAGCUUUUCAGAUUCUUGUCCUUCUCGCCGCUGCUUGGGUCGCCAAAAAGUGGAACCAGACCAUUCUUACUGCUGUUCUGUUCACACUUCCCAACAUCAUUUCCGCCGUUCUCUUCCUCACAAUCCCAAACACCAAGGAGCACGCCGGUGGUCUUCUCUUCGCCUUCUACAUGACCAUCUGCAUCCAGGCUCAGGCGACACUCUCCUUCUCCUUGCUUAGCAGGAACGUUGCUGGACAGACAAAGCGUGCUGUUGUCACUACGGCGACUUUCGUUGGUUGGGCAGCUGGUAACUCAGCUGGUCCUCAGCUCUUCCAGGAUAAGGAUGCGCCAUUAUAUCGCCCCGCAUUUUUUGGUCAACUCGGUUGCUAUGUUGCCUCGAUUCUGGUGCUCCUUGGGCUUCGAUUCUACUACAUGGACCAGAACCGAAGGAAGCGUCGUGCCACCAACGUUCUUAAGGGCCGCGCCGAGGAUGCCGAGGAUCAGAUCGAUUAUUCACAGGCUUUCCUUGACUUGACUGACAAGAAGAACAUCAACUUCCGAUACAGCUACUAG